AAAAAAUAAACGGUCUUGUAGUACAAUAACGCUAUAGCGAAAUAACGAAACUGAAAAAUAACAAAAAACAGAUUAUUUUUCAACUCUCUCUCUCAGCUCAAAUAACGAAUAAAAGAUUAAACUCUAAAAGAAAAAAAAAAAUAUAUAUAUAUAAAAAAAUAAAAAAAGCAGAAGAAGAAGCAUCAGUUAAAUAUUCUUACUGUGCUGUCAUUUUUCACAUUUAAAAAUAAAUUAACUUUAAAUCGCCGCCAUUUGCAAAGCUCAGUAAAACGGAUGCCAGGCGAGCAAAAUAACGCAUUUUAUCAUCCCGCCCGUUGAUAAUCAUCAAAAACUACGCAACAAACAAAUGCGGUCCAGACUGGUAUUAAUGCAUUUAUUUGAAAUACGUAUCAUUCUGUUUUGCCUGCCGCCCAUACUAUUGGCGACAACCUUAGAACCAGAUCAAAAGUCCAUAUUAACCGACAGCGAUUGGAAGAAGCUAUGGAUGCGAAGCGGUAUAAAUCCCGACUCAAAAUUGGAUAACAAUAACAUCGAUACAAGUGACAAUCCAAUGUUCGAGGACAGUGAAAUGAUGGCACAUAAUACGACCGUCCAGCUAGGUGGUACAGCUUUCCUGGUCUGCAAGGUGUCCGGAGUGGAUAGAGUGGGUGUAAAUUGGAAUCAAAUAUCUUGGAUACGUCGUCGAGAUUGGCAUAUACUGUCAUCCGGUGCUCAACUUUAUACAAAUGAUGAACGUUUCGCUAUACUGCACACACCCGGCUCAAAUAUGUGGACGUUACAAAUAAAGUUUGUGCAGCGACGUGAUCACGGCAUGUAUGAAUGUCAGGUGUCUACGCCCACAGGCAUCAUUUCGCAUUUUGUUAAUCUUCAAGUGGUUGUGCCGGAAGCUUUCAUUUUGGGCUCUGGUGAAUUGCACGUUGAUAUGGGAUCAACAAUUAAUUUGGUUUGCAUUAUAGAAAAGAGUCCUACGCCACCGCAAUAUGUUUACUGGCAGAAGAACGAUCGAUUAAUAAAUUAUUAUGAUUCACGACGUGAUAUUUCUAUCGAAACGACACCGGGCCCACGGACACAAAGUCGAUUAAUUAUACGAGAGCCUCAAAUAUCCGAUUCAGGCAAUUAUACAUGCUCGGCAAGCAAUACAGAGCCAGCGAGUAUAUACGUUUUUGUAUCGAAAGGUGAUAAUAUGGCUGCCAUAUCCAGGAGAAAAACAUCAUCGGCCGAUCGCCUAGCGGCAAUAUUUAUGCAUGUUGUGGCACCGUGCAUUUUAGUAAAUACGUUAGUAAUGCGACAUAUUUACUUAACUUAAGACUAUCCGAAGACCAGUAGUAAUAUAUAUCAUCAAUCAAAUAUUAUGCCAGCAAACACUUUGUUUUCUUCCUCCCCUAAUGUACUUAUGAAACAUCGUUAGUGUUAUUUUACAAAAUUAGAGAAGAAAAAACAAAAACAUCAUUAAACUUUAUUUUAAUUAAAUUAAACUUUGAGACAGCAGAGCAAAGUGUGACAUACAAUAUGUAUAUGUUAUGUGUGCAUGUUUGUAAGUCGUUAGUGUAAUUGCUUUUAAGCGCAUUUCGAAAGAAAUGAUGAUUACUUCUUCUCUUCGUCUUCUUCUAAUGCAACUCGAACUUCUUUUUGAGCACGGAAUGGCUUUCAUUAUCAAUCGAGCGAGUAGUACAGUGAAUUUUCAAGCAACAUUUUGCAACAUUAACUUUACCUUGUUUGACUGUUAGCACCUUGUUUACAGCGAAUGCUAAGCGAAUCGAAACAUUUCCUUCUAAAACUGAUAAUCUUUAAACAAGAUUUUCUUUACAUUUUUCGCAAAAAAACUAUACAUAAUUGAAAAUAACAUCUUCGCUGCGUUGUUCUCUCGUAUUGAAUAAAGUUACAAGAUUGUAUUUAAAGCUUUUGCUUUCACAAAAACAACUAUAUGAUUAAAAAUUCGACGCACUUCCAAUGGCUCAGCCAAGCAGGAGCACUUCUAUGCAUACAUAUACGUAUAUAUACAUGUAAUACAUACCUGUAGGUAUACAAUAUAUAUAUAUAUAUAUACAUAUGUGUAUAUACAUAUCUGCCUUCGACAUUAAACGCACAUAAUCACAUUUGUUUUCCAUCCGCUAAGCUUCAAGCUAGAAAAUUUCCUUUCCAUGUUCCUUUAUGUUAUCCGCCCACCACCACCGCAGCACAUUUCAGUAUCGUCUUGUUGGCAUUUACAUGCUAUACAAUCAAUGCCGACCAUACAAAGUUUACAAAUGCGCCAGAAUAUCGUUCGGUCUGUUGAAAGAUUUUUCAAAAUGCACCGAAUUUCAUUGAAUGACCAUUAAAGAAGUGCAUUGUCGGGUUGUUAGCGGAAACACGAUUGCGAAGAUAGCAAAGAUUAUAUUAUCGAGAAAAAUUCUAUUAGGCUAUGUGUGUGUUUCGUAAUGAGGAGUAUUGCUGAUUAGAGAAACAACCAACAGAACGCCCAGAGUAUUUACACAUUUCCAUUAGUGAGUGAAUCUAAUUACCGUACGUUACUGGAAUUAACCGAAAUUGACAGCAGCGCAUAGGCAUUUUGUCUUUAAAGUCAUGCUAUGCUUAAUGUUGUCAUGUUUCUCAUCUAUUUCCUGAUAAUGAAACAACAACAAUGAAAACAACAAAAAAUACUUGUUCCUUAAUAAGUUAAGUUCCCUUAAACUAAGUUUAGUUUUUCUUAAUAUAACUACCAGUCUUUCAGUGUCUUCCGUAGUAAGCCUCUUAGAUUUGCUUAUAUCAAUAUGUCUGUGCCACUUAUGGGAAAUUAAAUUUUGAUCAUUCAAUAAAAGCCCUUAAAAAAAUCGUGAAAGCAGUCAAAGGCAAAAAAGUUCCGGAUGAGAUUACAUGGGCAACAUAUUUUCAGUUAUUGAGCUCAGCAAGUCCUUGCAAAUGGAUUUUACGAAUUAAGCGGCGACAUAUUCUUUAUUCUGGAGCAUACAAUUAUUUACAUUGCUCAACUAAGGUAAAGAACGCUUGGUUGCCCGCCCCUGCCAUCCAUACAUAGGACUUAACGAGUAAAGGGAUUUAUUCUAAUCUCAAUCUAUUGCUUUGCUUUUGCUUUUUUUUUUUUUUUGUUUAUCUAUCAUUCCCUUUUGUAAAUUAGUUGAUGACAGUAAAUACUCUACUAUCUACAUUCAUGCAUACAUAAAGGAUUUCACAAAAAAUGUUUUAUAAUUUUAUUGCAGUGUAAAUAGUAGGAAAGAGUUUAAAAAAAUUAAAAUCACCAAAAAAAAAAAAAACAGUUCACAAAACGAAACUGGAAUGAAAUUCGAAAGAAGAAAUGAGAAAAGAAAAAUUAUUUUCGCUUGAGAGCGAAUUUUUGAUACCACCACCAUCACCAUCACCACCACUACCACUACCACUACCAACAAAUUAAGAUGUGUAAAUAAAAGAGAAAAAAAAAAGCAAAGGCAUUCCGUUAAUUAUGGGCAAGACUCGAAGAUUCAAAGCCUUUUUUUUCUAACCCUUCGGUAAUAUUCGUAUUCAAACUAAAAUCUUUAGGCUGCCACGAACUGCCACGAUUGUGAUGAGUCUUUGCGGAUUUUUUGCGGCUUUCCCAGGAAGACGGAGAAGGGAUAUUUCAAAACUUUCGAUCUUCCAUUUCGAUUGUUAAGCAAGAACAGACGCACAUUAAGUCUGGCCGGCAUUUCUGCAUAGUGCAAGUAAGAGCAUAAAUGCUGUAAGUCGUAUAUCAAAUAUUUGUGUGAUGGUGUGUAAAAAAAAAAAAAAAAAAU